AUGCCUGGCUUUGGAAAUGGCCGCGGGAACGUAGAGAGCGCUUCGUCGGCCGGCGAAUGACGACGACGAGAACUACGACGAGGAACAACACGGGCUCGAGGUUUUUGACGAGAAGAAACUAAGAAGAUUACCAACAAUAAUUCGUUGUGCGCGCACGCGCGCGCCGGUUUAAUCUGACAUAUUGAAAAAUAUUUGGUUUGGUGUUAAGUGGUAGAAAAACUAUUAUUUCAUAUAUUAUAAUUUUGUUAUGAGAGGAAGGAUUAACGAUCGACGAAAGGAGAGGAGACGUACUGUGAGAGAUAUUCGCGCGUGAGAAUUAAAAAGAGAGAAAAUAAAGAAAGAAAGAGAGAGAGAGAGAGAGUGAAAGAGGGAGGAAGAAAAUUAAACGUUAGGAAGAAGAAGAAGAAAAAAAAAUUAAAAGAGGGAAGAAUGGCCGGCGACGAAGGAGCGCCGAAGACGAACAAUGAGAUCUUCGCGAAGGAGGAAGAGGAGGUAAGGGGUACGUUAGCGCGGGGAGAACCGCAUUCCAGAGUGGGCGGCAUUCUGGAAUGCGAUCCACCCGGUAACAGGAAUUCACCGAGCAAGCAAGCCUGCAGCGCCGUAGUUGCCGCUGCCGGCACUGUCUCCAACGAAGCCGAGGACUAUGAAGAUGAGGAAGAGUCUGAACAGGAACUUGAUGAAAGGGAUGGAAGUGAAGGGGAAGGAGGAGGGAUAAUAUACAGAUAUGCCAUACGGACUGCUACCAGUGUUAUAUCUUUUAUCGAAAUGUGCCAGAUACGACUGCAAUACCUUUUCCCACAAUUGACACCACCCCCUCGAUACAGACUCUGUGAGAACUCGAUUGAAUAUACUGCCGAGUGUUUGGCAAACGACGUGAUACGCUAUCUCUUGAAGGAAGACAUUUAUCGUAUAUCAAGAGAUCCGAUAUCUCGCAGCAUGCGGCAUAACGUAUACCGGAUGCUGAACAAGCACAGUAUAUUAUUCACAAGUAUGGUCAACCGUUUAAACGUUAGCCCUGAUACCGCUUACGAAACUUUUCGCAUAGUCGCUGACGAAUUGUUCAUUCGUGGUGUUACGUGGGCGAAAAUUGUUUGUUUGUACACUUUUACGGGAAGACUUGCAUUAUGGGCCAGGGAUAGGAGGAUGACAACACUAAAGCAGAAAUUGCCGAUAUAUAUCUCAAGAUAUAUCGCUGACGAAAUUGCUAUUUUUAUCAAGGAAUACGGAUGGGAACAACUUUGCGAAGAGUACCCAGUUGCCGAAGAAACUAGCGAUGCGAUUUGGAGAAGUCUUGUAAUGACUGGUGCAGCCCUAAGCUUGGUAACCGCCAUAUUAACCGCAACUUCCUGAUACAACGUCGCAAGUCGUUGCUUAACCCAGGGUACUUUCCAAUUGAAACCCUUUUGCGUACUUAUUUUUUACGAGAACGCGAUCAAAAGGAUAUUCGAACGUGUUCUUCUUUCCCGCGCUUAGGACGCAAUCCAACGAAACAAGUGUGACUACUACUGCUACUACUACUACAACUACAACUAUUACUACACACACAGAGUCACAGAUACACUAAUUCAAAAGCACAAGUUCGCCGUUGCGUUCGAACGUUUAGUUUGAACGUAAACGAAUCUUGAUGCAAUGAGACUUUCAUAUCACUUCCAAUCGUCUCUCGUCAUUAUUUUUCCAACAUUUUAUUUUUUUUAAUCUAAUCAAUCCGAAAAGUCUUUAAUAAUAAGAAGAAAAAGAAGAGAACGUACAAUUUCUUCGUUUCUCUUGUUGAUAAAUUUAUAUUUUAAUUUUAUAUUCUAUUUAUUUAUUUGUUUAUCUUUAUAAUUUACUUUUAUUUCGGCGAAUCACGCACACACGAACACACACUUAGUAGAUUUUCUUAGGUGAUUUUUAUUCUUUUCUCUUCAUCUUUCACAUCCAUCUUUGUUUUUUAGCUUUCCUUUUAUCGCGAAGAAAGUUCUAAUUUUCCUUGUUCCUUUCCCUCCUUCCUUUACUUCCCCUUCUUUCUAAUUAUGCCACUUAAAUCGUAAAAUUUGAAUUUCGAAUCUCUUACGAUCAAUAUAUAAGAAUCUCAAAAUUUGCAAUGAAUUUAGGUAGAAGCAAACUAUUUGUAUUUAUUUCUCUAAUUUAUUUUAGGUAGAAAAUAUAUUUUAAAUAACAAAUU